UAAACACUAGAUGUCACUAUUAUUAAUACAGCGUACCGCCGAUGUCAUGACUUCCGCAGUAGAAUAAGAGCGGCGUGUCCUCGUGUUGAAUUGGAAUAAAAACAUCGCGGAAGUUUAUUAUUGAACUUGAAGUAUGAAGAUGCUGAAGCAUGAAUAAAGAGUCCAGUUAAACGCAAGAAGAUGGGCAAAAAUACGGAAAAGAAGAAGCGUAAAAGUGGCGUUUAUUUAGAAACUGUGCCUGCCUGUGUUCUUACCUAUGAAGAUCUUCAAAAAGUUCCACUGCAAAUAACUACAGACAGCGAAAAUCCCAUAACGGACAUUACAAUGAGCCUGGAAAGUUCCUCAGAAACGCCUAAAAAAAAGAAGCAUAAGAGAAAACGUUUGUCGGAGCAACAAGCUGAGAAUAAUUGUUCCACAGAGCAGCAUAGUGAGGGUCACCUGGACGACAGAAAGAAGAAAAAAAAGAAGAAGAGAUUAAAGAACGAGGAUGUAAGUUAUGCUGAAGACACCAACAAUGAGGAUGCAGAGCUCUCUAGAAGUACAGAAGAGCCCCAGAGAAAAAAGAAAAAGAGAGAAAAGACAAAGGAAGAGAACAAAGCUCAAGAGUCAGAGACACCAAGCAAGGAAACAAGUGAAGAAGUGCCGAUAAUGAAGAAGAAGAAGAAGAAGAAAAAGAAGGAGAAAGCAUUAAAGGAGAAUAUAGCAGAACAGGAAGAAAGUUUAACAGUGAUGUCAGAGACACAAAGCAAUGACGAUCUGAAAAAGAAGAAAAAUAAAUCCGUAGUGAAAAAGCAUAAGAAGGCGCAGUCCGUGUCCACGAGAGAAAAGACUCAGACUAGUCAAGACGAAGAAGUGGACACAGGAAUCCGAACAGAAGCGUGCACAGAGAUCGAUGCAAAACUUUUGAAGGAGCUGAAAGAAUUUAUUCCUGAUAUCGAGUCAAAGGAGCCGGUGAGCAUCAACAAGAUGAUAAAAUACGACUUGCCAAGAUUUAAAGAAUUCAAAAAACAUGGUAUCUCUUUGAGUCGCGGCCGGUUUACUGCACAAGAAAACGAGAAGCUGAGGCAGAAUGUCAGAGAGUUCAUGACUCUCACUGCAAUAGACAGUGCCACCAAACUGUUUUUCACACAUCGCUUUGAACAGGAACAGGAAAAAAUAAAGAAGCUCAAAGGCCUGCACAAAUUCUUUGAAAGGAUAGCGGAAGGCAUUCCCAGAUCCUGCUAUUACGUUUAUGCUCGAGGAAGGAGAAUGUUUGAUGAGCAAAACUACCAGGGAGAGUUUACAAAGGCAGAACUUCACACGUUGCACAAGUUGCACACUUUACACGGGAAUAAUUGGAAGAAGAUUUCCGAGUUGACCGGUCGAAGUGCCUUCUCUCUCCAGAAACGUUACACACAGCUCGCUAAUAAGGAAGGCCCCUGGUCCAACAAGGAGGUACAGAGACUCUUGCGUGCUGUGCGUGAUUACAUAGUGAGUCAGAUCCCAGGCACAGCCAACAGUAACAGGAACAUAAGAGUGAUGAAGGAAACCUUGUAUAAAAGGCUCCCGUUACAGAAGAUCGCCAAGAGGGUGAAAACUCGCUCGUGGUCUCAGUGCAGGGAGAAAUGGAUGGGAAUAUUAGCAGUGAAAAUGUCUUACGGAGCGGUGGCCACAGAGAAGAAAUCUCUUGAUGUCCAAGUUAAACUGAUAAAAAGGAUGUAUGAAAUGGAUGUAGAUGAUGCUGCAGAUGUCAACUGGGAGGACCUGACAGCAGUGAUUGGGGACGUACCUCCUGCAUACGUGCAACGAAAAUGGCACAAACUAAAAGUGUGCCAUGUCCCUGAUUGGCAAAGAAAGUGUUUUGCAGAUAUCAUUGACUAUCUGUACGAGAAGGUUUUACCAAACCUCGAGAAGAAGCUUCUGGCCCACAAGGACUUGGAAGAGACACAGCAUACAGAAAAUAAUGACGAGUGCUAUCUUCUCUCAGACAUCUUUCAAGACAUUAAUGAGGAUGAAGAUGUGGAUGACGAUGAUGAGGAGGAGGAGGCAGAGAAGGAUGUCGACAAUGACAACAACAAAGGCAACAAGGAAAAAUAAUCUAAGUAAAGGACUUGUGUAUAAAAUAUUUUUUAAGACUAAAAAGCUGUGUGACAGCAUUGUACAGGAACAAAGAGCUCAGCUGUUUUUUGGGGUUUUUUCUACUGAAUAAGACGCUUCUACAGUUCUACAUUGAUGUGUUUACUGUUCAGGUUUGAAUGCAUUUGUUUAUUUGAGAUGUAACUAGACUUUUUAGGUAUCUGAUUUUUUUUAAAGGUUACUUUAAAUGGGGAAUUUGCAUGUACCAAAAGUAAUAAUGUUUUUGCAGCUCAUUCAUUUGGAAAAAAAAACAUCAUCCCAACAUGACAAUAAUUCACAAUAUUUAAUAUGUUUACUCCAGAUUACAAACAUUGUAUGAUUUGUUGGUUAUUAUUUUCUUGUGGGUUUUUUUUUUAAGUUUUAUUAAUAUUAAUUUUAGUGUUGAUUGAUUGUAAAAUUGAACCAUAAAAAAAAUUGUAAUUUACUUUGUAAUUUUUAAAUCGAAGUAUGCAGCAAGUUACCAUGCUGUUUGAUAUUUUUAUGAACUGUGGAUUAAUAAUAAAAAAAAUUUAUAAUUUGAA